CGGUGGGCGAGGUGUGGCGGCGCUGGAUCCCCGGUUGGGUCUGGAGCUGUGGCCCACCGGAUGGGGCGGGGGCAGGGACAGAGGAACGCCCCAAUGGCCGGGCUCACGGCGCUCAGCGCUGCGGUGGGGGUGCUGCUGGCAUCUCUGCUCCUGCUGCGGCAAGAGGACGUGGGGCAGGGUGCUGACGCUAGCAUGGCCGAGACAGGGGUGUUGCUAAAGCUGCGGGAAGACUUCAGAUCACAGAACAAGUCGGUCUUCAUCCUCGGCGCCACUGGGGAAACUGGCAAGGUGCUCUUAAAAGAAAUCCUGGAUCAGAGCCUGUUUUCCAGAGUCACGAUCAUUGGCCGGAGGAAGCUCACUUUCAGUGAGGAAGCUUAUAAAAACGUGAUUCAAGAAGUGGUGGAUUUUGAAAAACUGGAUGACUAUGCUUCUGCCUUCCAAGGUCACGAUGUUGGGUUCUGUUGCCUGGGGACCACCAGGAGCAAAGCUGGGGCGGAAGGAUUUGUUCGUGUUGACCGUGACUAUGUGUUCAAGUCUGCAGAAAUGGCAAAAGCAGGAGGAUGCAAACAUUUCAACUUGCUGUCCUCUAAAGGAGCUGAUAAGUCAAGCAGCUUUUUAUAUCUGCAAGUUAAGGGAGAAGUGGAAUCCAAGGUUGAAGAAUUAAACUUUGAUCGCUACACGAUAUUUAGACCGGGAGUUCUGCUAUGUGAUAGGGAAGAAUCUCGACCAGCUGAAUGGUUGACUAGGAAAUUCUUUGGCUCCUUACCAGAGUCUUGGGCCAGUGGGCAUUCUGUACCAGUGGUGAGCUUGGUGAGAGCCAUGUUGAACAACACUGUGAAACCAAGUGACCAGAAGAAGGAACUGCUGGAUAACAAGGCCAUCCACAACCUGGGGAGAGCCAGAGGCUCCUCGGCCCAGGGCCACACUGAGAAAGGCGCGUGAAUAUCCGUGUUCACCGCCUAGUUAUGCUCUCAGGGCCGAGACAUGGAGUGCUGUCAUGAUCCUAAUAAAAGACCAUCUAUCUGCUCACCA